AUGAAAGCUACUCUGUCGAAAUACAGAGCGAUGACUGAAUCGCGACCGUCAACGGCAAAUCCAGCAGUUAAUCAAGAAUCUUCAAUCGGAGAGAAUAGUAGUGUGGCAGUUGUGAACAUGAAACAAAUUAGAGAACUGCUGUCAUCACAUGCGAUUAAACUUGAUGACAACGAUUACAAAGCCAUCACAGCCAUUCUACUUGAUUUGUGUAACGACAAACAAAUGGCUCUGACACAUCUUCGUAGAGCUAACAAGGUUCUUGGUAAUCGAGUGAAUGAAGUGGAAAGUCAUUUAGCCGUUCUAGAAGCGAAAUCAAGAAGUACGAGUCCUAAUAAACCGUCAUAG